AUGGAACUACCAGGACAGCAGCUCUCAGCAACACAUGCGUAUACGCCGCUGGACCACGUCCUGAACCUUGAUAUCAAAGCACCCCCGGGAUGUCAAAGGCUGACAGGAAUUAUGGCCACUAUGGGUAUUUUGUUUCAAUCUAUUGCUGUCCCACACGUGGGCCGGGGUUCCCACUCUCAUAGGAGAGGUACUUCAACUUACGACAUAGAAGUUUUAGAGAAAAUGUUAUCCAGCGGUAUGAAUAUGGCGUUGUUGAAUUUAAACUUCGGUACAAAGGAUGACCAUCUAGCAGCGAUAACUUUGCUUCGACAGGCGACGAAGAACUACAGCAGUACAAUGGGAAGAAAUUGUCCUUUAGCCAUCGGUAUUAAACUUAGCGGACGCAAAAUUAGAACAGGGAUUAUUGCCGAUAGUUACGGGGAGACGGUGGAAUUAAGAACUGGAGAGACUGUAAGGCUGACUACAGACGAGACGUAUAAGGACAGGUGUUCGACAUACACGAUCUAUGUGGACUUUAUACAUUUCGCUGAUCAGAUGAGCAAGGGCGACUAUGUGUUGUUGGAUAAUGAAACAAUAAUGUUGAGAGUGGAAUUUAUUUCGGCCACAACACUUACUUGCAAGAUCGAGAGGGGGGGUGAUCUCGGCUCUUUUAAAGAUGUGUUUGUACCUAAUGUAAGCUUUGAUAUGCCGAACUAUUCUGAUAGGGAUAAGGAGUACAUUGCUAUGGCUAUAAGUAACCAGUUGGACUUCAUUGUCGCGUCGUACUCGCUUAACGCGAUUACUGAACUCAGGAGUUUAAUGGGUGAGAAGGGAAAGAAAAUAGCUAUUGUCGCCAACAUCCAAACUAUUGAGGGUUUCCGCAACUUGGACGAGAUUCUUGCGGAUGUUCAUGCAAUAAUGAUAACGAGGCAGGAACUUGGCUCGGACAUUACACCCAAAAAGUUAGUUAUCGCCCAGAAAAAUAUGAUUGCACGAGCCAAUAAGGCAAACGUCCCAGUCUGUUUAAGUGCACAUCUCCUAAGCAGUAUGCGAGACAAAAGAGUGCCCCUCAGAGCGGAACUGCUAGACAUCGCGAACUGUAUCCUCGACGGCGCUGACGCCCUAGUACUCUCAGCUGAAACAGCCGUCGGACAGUAUCCGAUAGACACGGUUGCAUGUCUCGCUACGACUUGCAAGGAGGCAGAGGCUUGUAUGUGGUCGAAGCAAAUCUUUCAUGACUUUGUCGAUAAGACGCCAAUGCCGUGCGAUCAAGCAACGGGAGCAGCAAUUGCUGCUGUUUUAUCAGCGCAGCGAUGUAUUGCUGCAGCCAUAAUAGUUGUCACCUCCUCUGGAAAGUCAGCACACAUAAUCUCUAAGUUUCGACCACGGUGUCCUAUUAUAGCUGUCACGAGAUAUGGUCCUAUUGCCAGACAGAUGCAUUUCUGGAGAGGUAUUGUGCCUCUGAUAUAUGAAGCGGCCCCAGAUAUUGAUUGGCAAGUAGACCUGAACAAACGGAUUACCUUCUGCACCACAUGGGCAAUGGAACGAGGGUUCGUUCGAGUUGGGGAUCCUCUAAUCAUCGUAACUGGUUGGAGACAAGGCACGGGAUAUACAAACUCUAUGAGGAUCAUGUACGCUGAAGCCGAUGUUCCUGUGGUGUAA